UUGAAGAAACUUCAUCUUACCACUGAAAAGCCUGUGAACAAAUUCACACAUUCUUAAGGGAAAUUGUCUCUGCAAUGUUUCUUCUAAGGCAAAAGAUAGCUCAGCAACCAACAUCUCAUAGGGAUGUUGCUCCAAGGGUCCAGGGACCGAGGCGCUCUGCAAACAGUACCUCUUAUGAUUUAAAACGGCUGAAGAGAUGCAAAAGCAACCGUGAAGAGAAUCUGUCUUCUGCAGCACGUCUACGCAAACAUGCCACCACGCACUUUGGCUACAGCACCCUCAGUCUCUCCAUGAGGGGCCUGGAUGAGGCUCCAGCUGACCUUUGGGAGCUCCAUGAGCUGGACAAGCUCAACUUGUCCAUUAACAAUUUAUACUCUCUACCUUCCGGCCUGGGAAAUCUGAAGAACCUUGUGGUGCUCAACAUAUGGGGGAACGAGUUGGAGAGACUUCCUCCUGAGAUUGGGCUCCUACAGAACUUAAAGGUACUGUUUGCCUACUGCAACCGCCUCAGUGAGGUGCCUGAGGAACUGGGCUAUUGUGGAAAACUCGAGGUCCUCAGUCUUGCCAACAACCAGCUGACAGGGCUUCCAGGCAGCCUGGUCUCCAUGCAAAAGCUGGCCAAGCUAAAUCUGAGCUACAACCGUAUGUCACAUGUCCCCACUUGCAUCUACGCCAUGAAGGCUCUUGUGUUCCUGCAUAUGGCCUACAAUGUCCUGGACAGCAUUGCCAACCAGAUCCAGGAAUUAGCCAACCUCAAGAUUCUGAUAGUGGAAGGCAACAACAUCCACACUCUACCCCGGACUCUGUGCCUUUUGACUGACCUGCAGCUCCUCAAUGUGGAUUUCAAUGACCUGCAGAACAUCCCUGCAGAAAUGUACAUGCUCAAGAGCCUCAAAAGGCUGGCGUGUCAUCCACUUGAUAAGGGUUUGCAUAUUGUUCAUAAUCCACUCUUGAAACCUCUACAAGAAGUGCUACAGGGAGGACUGGAUGCUUUGUAUAACUAUAUCAAACAUGCCUGA